AUGUCAGAUCAACCGGACGUUGUCCCACAAACUAUACUUCUACCCGACGACGUUCCGACUAAACUCCCCGACUUAUCAUCGACUCCAAUCAUUCUUUCACAAGAUCAAAAAGAAGUCCAAAAGAUCACUGAAAUUGAACGGAAAGUCCUUCCCCCCAAACUCCCCGACUCCUUGCGACAUGACACGAUCGACCGAUCAGAGAAAGACGAGAAAAGUGAGAAAGACAAGACGGAGAAACCAAGUCUUCAUCUCAAAACGUUGAAACAACAAGUCCAACUUCCACUUCAAACACAACAAGCAACGUUGUCCGAUUGGAAGUUAAUCAAAAAGCAGACGGUGUGUGGGUACUUCAUACAAGAGACUUGGUGCGACGCGAAUGGAAAGAUAGUUGAGUCGUAUAUUCCACAAACAAAAAAGGUUGUCGACUCCUCCUCCUCCACUUUUCAGUGA